CCACACAGCUGAUUCAAAUACCAGCGUUUUUUUACAUUUAAUAUUAUUAUAUAUCUUUCUUUUAUUUUUCUUCAUUCACCACUCACCAGAGGAUUUCUUUCCAACGCGUUUCGGACCCCCCCCAGCUCAAAUCGAAUUUUCUAGUUCUAAAUUGAUAGUUUCCUUCGAUCAGUUACGUCGGAUUAAGGAGUCUCGCGGAUGUCGAUCGACGGCCAGAUCUGCAAAUUUUAACCGAUUACGCAACUUCCCCAAAGACGAUGGCUUCUGGUGCUGCGAAGGCUGCCGCGGCCGCUUCUGUGAGAGCUGUGCUUGCCAGAAAACCGAUACCUACAAGAGCAGCUUUAGUCCUUACACCUUCUGCUGUUAAAAGAGUGAAGGAGCUCCUCUCUACAAAGCCAGAAGCUAUUGGCUUGAAAGUGGGAGUUAAACAACGAGGCUGCAAUGGCCUCAGUUACACUUUGGAAUAUUGUGCAGAAAAAGGAAAAAUGGAUGAAGUUGUACAGCAGGAUGGAGUGUGCGUGAUAAUUGAUAGGAAAGCUCAGCUGACAUUACUCGGAACCGAAAUGGAUUUUGUUGAGGACAAGCUUACAUCAGAGUUUGUAUUCAACAAUCCUAACAUAAAAGGAGUUUGUGGCUGUGGAGAAAGCUUCUCUGUGUGAUGUUUGAACCCAAAUAACAAAGUUCAUGAAAGACA